UUAAAUACAUAACAGGAGAGUUACACGCGUAUUUCGUUCGCGUACUUCAUUCUAUAGUUAGUUACAAACGCAAUAGAUGGAGAAUCUUCCUCGAGGAGGAUGGGAGUGACCAUUCACCGCUCUGCUACCAUGCAUCUGCGGUAUAAAAGCAACCUCUGUUACCGCGCGCUCAGUUUCAUUCCGGAGUAACCGAUUGUGAAGCAACACUUUCAACAUGAAAUUUUAUAUUAUAAUACUGGCCGUGUCAUUUCUGGCGGGCGUGAUUUUGGCAUAUCCGCAAAAAGAUGGGCAAAUCUUCAGUAAUGAAGCGAUACGACAAGCUCAGAAUACCUAUCUCAUUCCUAAGGAUGCGACUAUACAGAAGGUUCAAGAAGGCAUCGAACUGGCUGCUUACGAAUCAAUUCCCGGCGAUCAGAGGAUCAAUCUCUUCGAAAUUUUGGGCGAACAUGUGCCACCUGAAGUGGUGAACAAUCUUCAGACCCAAAUCGAUCAAAUAGGUCGAAAUUAGAUUCGCAUAAUCGUCAUCGUCAUCGUUGUGUAAAAAAAUAAUCAUGUUCUGCGUCCUUCGUACUUGUAAAAAUAUUUAUGAACAUACGCUUCCGUUUUUGUACCUUGUAUCUAUAUUUUUGUAUCUCGUAAAAUUUUCUUUUGAUAUGUAGGUUUUCGUAAAUAAAUAUAUGAGAAAAAUAACUCAUCAGAGUAUCUACGCAUCACCCGCUUGCGAUUACGUCAGUUUAUGAAU